AUGGAGUCCUUCACCCUCCUCCCCCUCACGAUCGAUAAAGUCACAAACGCCGUCCUAGCUCCUUCCUCAACCCCUUCUCUCCCCGCCCUCCCCGAUGCCAUCUCAGACCUAAACACCCUCCACCGCUCCAUGCUCCAAUUCGAAAAUGCCAUCCCCCCACCCCCAGGUCUCAUCAACCCCAAACGGUCCGCCCAAAUCAACAAACUGCGCGAAUCGGGUAACGCCGCAUUCCGAAAACAAGCAUUCGGCGAAGCCGUAAAACUCUAUUCCCUAGCUCUGGAAAUGUGUCUGGGGAGACCUCAUUGGGAACAAUCCGCCUUGGUUAGGGAGGAGAGUGCUAUGAUCUAUUCUAAUAGAGCCCAAGCGAAUAUUGCGAUGAGGAAUUGGGCUGAGGGAAUGUGUGAUGCUGAGAUGAGCUGUGGGUUGAAACCUAAGGAUAAUGUUAAGGCGUGGUAUAGGCGAGCUUUGUGUUUGAAGGAGAUGGGGAAGUUGGAGGAUUCCAGAGAGGUUUUGGAGAUGGGCUGUGAAUGGGAAGCUGAGAAUCAGGGUAAGACUGAUGGAGAUUUGAGGGCUUUGUUGAGGGAUGUACAUAAGGCUCUUGAAGAGAAGGAGAAGAUUGCUGGUGCUGCUUGA